AUGGGACUAACUUCUAAGUUGGACAAGCUCAAAAUCGGCCAUGAACAUUCUGAAAAAGCCAAUGCCGUUGAUGGUGCCGAUACCGAUGAUAUCGAUGAAAUGGACAAUGAAGGACAAUCCAUACUUAUGGGUAUUAUAGCACAAUUAAGACCUGGGAUGGAUUUGUCAAGGAUCACACUUCCUACUUUCAUUUUAGAAAAGAAGUCCAUGUUGGAAAGAAUUACCAACUUUUUUCAGAUCCCGGAUCUUUUGUUAAAAGCCAAUGAGACGUCUGAUGACAUGGACAGAUUUAUUCUUAUUCUUGCUUGGUAUUUGGCUAGUUGGCAUAUAGCUCCCAAAGCAGUAAAGAAGCCAUUGAAUCCAGUAUUAGGGGAAACUUUCAACUGUUAUUGGAAUAAUAUUCAAGGUAAUCAUUCUGCCUAUUAUAUUUCCGAACAGGUGUCUCAUCAUCCUCCUAAAUCAGCAUAUUUCUAUUUGGUACCAGAUUCAAAGAUUAAGGUUGAUGGGAUUCUUAUUCCUAAAUCCAGAUUUUUAGGGAAUUCAUCAGCAGCUAUGAUGGAAGGUUGGGCUCAUCUUACAUUAGGAGAACACAACGGCGAAAUUUAUGAGAUGAAUCAACCUAAUGUAUACUGCAGAGGUAUCUUAUUCGGUAAAAUGAAAAUGGAAUUGGGUGAUCAUAUGUUUGUUAAAUGCGAGAAAACUGGGAUUGAAGCUGACAUUGAAUUCAAGACCAAGGGCUUCAUUAGUGGAACCUAUGAUGCAAUUGACGGUUAUAUCAAGGAUUCAAAAACGUCUGAAAAUAGGUACCACAUAACAGGUAAGUGGAAUGAGGUUAUGGAAAUCAAGGACCUUAAAACUGGAAAGAAAAGAGUAUUAGUUGAUACUAAAAAAACCAUUCCGGCAAAGCCGAAAGUGAGAUCAUUAGACGAGCAAGGGGAAUACGAAUCAAGAAGGCUUUGGAAACCAACUGUUGACGCGCUUGCUAAAAGAGACCACACUGUUGCUACUGACGAAAAAUUCAAGAUUGAAGAUGAACAACGUGAUCUAGCAAAGAAAAGAUUAGAAGACGGAGUUGAAUUCCACCCAAAAUUUUUCAGACCUGUCAACGACAAAGAAAUUGAUUUACAGGACUUAGAAUAUGUCAUCUACAAAAAGUUUGAUUUGAAUGAUGAUCCGGAAAUCUUGACUAAAGAGGUAAUGAGUAUCGCUCCUAUUGUUCCAGGUCAAAAGUAUGAAGAGAAGUUUGAGAUUCCUGCUUUCAAGAAACAUGAACAAUCAUAA